GAUGACGUCAGAAGUUGCUUGCCUGAUUGUUUACAUUCCGUCCAAAGGGCAAUAUGACACGAUAACAAUUGUAACAGGUCAGCUGAAGUGUCUUGUACGGAAGUUGUUGUUUCAGAACGCAAAACAAUCGCGGGAAAAUGACCAACACACUCCGAGGAGAGGUAGUGCGACUAUAUAAAACUUUGCUUUUUCUUGGACGCGAGUACCCAAAAGGCGCGGACUAUUUCAGAGACAGACUGAGGGUCGCUUUUGCAAAGAAUAAGGAUGUGCGAGACCCAGAGAAGAUCAAAGAACUCAUCAGCCGAGGAGAAUUUGUGGUGAAAGAGCUGGAAGCGCUGUAUUACCUACGAAAGUACAGAGCUUUGAAGAAGCGAUAUUACGACACAGACAAGUGACUGCUGAAUAAAAUCACUUGGCAAUGCUUUGCCUGUAAUUUCCAUUAACAACAGGGCAAUAGUGGCGGUAAAGAAGCUGUGAACACACUAAAGAUAUCUUUA